AUGAGGCUUGCUAGCAGGUUUCACAUCGUCUGCGCCUUUGCGGCGUUCAGCAUCAUACUUUCUGCCUUGUUCCUCGGCUCCCAGCGUUUCUACUACCGCCGAGUUGGCGGGGCGAUUGAGCCAAUCGUGGAUUUCCAGGCGACAGCAUCGUUUGAUCGCAGGUUGGUCGUUUUUGGUGACACCUGGAGCGACAACAAUGCCAAAGAAGCCCUGGGUGGCAAUGUUUGGACCGACCACCUUUGCUCUUCUUUCUCAUGUCAUCAUGAGAAUCUUGCGCAGACCGCUAAGUCCUUGAGAGGAAGCUAUAUCGGCUCUGUCGUCGAUAAUGAGGAGCUUUCUAGCACCUUUCUCAGUCUAUACAAGUCUCCUUUAGCUGACUUCAAAGCCCAAGUACAACAGUGGCUGGGCACUGAGACAAAGGUUGUCCAGAAACUGGACGAUGCGGCAGUUCAUUCUCGCCGCAAUCGUACUAUUGUAGUGGUUUCGUUUGGGGUCUGGGACCUGUGGAAUUUGAUCGAAAAGGACUACGAUACCGCAAGCAAGUCGAUUGACCGUAGCGUUGAGGUUAUCAUGGAGCAGUUUGACCUCCUGUCUCAGAGCUGGGGCACGGAUGACCUCAAAGUCAUCCUAACACUGGCUCCGGAUGUGACUUUCCUUCCGGCCUUUCGCCCGCUCGGGGAUAAGCAUGUUUCCCAGUACAAAAAUACCGUCAAACUGGUCCAGCGUUGGAAUGGCAAGCUACGGGACGCAGCACAACAAUGGGGGAAAGGGACUAUUUACCUAUUUGACACAGAGUCUUUUCUCACCGACCUUAUCCGAGACCGGCAGCUCUAUGCCGCAGGCCUUGAAGAAGCCAAUGGAUUGGGGAAAAAUCAAGAUCCUGGCUGGGAGAACGUUGAAAGCGCCUGUGUUGAAAGCAGUCCACAGUGGGUGGUAACAUCGGAGAACAAGCGAUGCAAGAGCCCGGAGAAAUAUCUCUUUUGGAACGAUAUGCAUCUCGGGCCAUCAGCCCACCGACUCAUGGGCACGGAAGUCUUCCAUGGCAUUGAGGAGAUGUGGCUACGGUAA